AAGGAAACCCCACGGCGAAAUUGGGCGAGACGUGCGGUGCCGGGAGGGAGGGAGGGAGGCGGACUAUCACUAGUCGCACCCCGUCUCCGGUCGACCGUCGCCCGGCGCCUGCCUUUCACGUGCCGCUUUCCUUUCCUUUCCUUUCCUGCCCGCGAAACAGGAAUUAGGCCUAUUCUUUACUGGUCCAGCUGUACGCGCCCGCGAAAAGAGAGAGAGGCGGCCGAGACUUAACCCCCCGCCGGACGGACGCACACAUACGUACCUCGGCGGGCACGGGCCUCGUCGGUUCCUUCCGCGCCAGAUCGUUCGACUUCGACAUGGGAGCGGAGCAGCAGCAGCAGCAGCAGGCGGCCAAGGCCGCUGGCGGCAGCAGGUUGGCCGCGGCGUUUGGGCUGCUCCGGCAGUACAUCAAGGAGCAGCCCGGCGGCGUGGUCACCAUGGGCCUCAUGCCGGGCGGCGGGGAUGGUGUUCAGGCGGUGGCGUCGGAGGAGAGGAUCCGGACCAUGGAGCUCUUCCCCCAGCACGCCGGCAUGGUCAGGGCCUCCCACGACAGGACGGGGCCUGAGAGAGCGCCGCUGACCAUCUUCUACGGCGGGAGGACGGUGGUGUUCGACGACUUCCCCGCCGAGAAGGCCGGGGAGCUCAUGCAGCUCGCCGGCUCCUUCAUCGCGCCGCCGCCCGCCUCCGACGCCGCCGCCGAGCCCGUCUGCCAGAGCGCGCCGGGGCAGCCUUGGUUGGCAGACCUGCCGAUCGCGAGGAAGGCGUCGCUCCACAGGUUCCUCGAGAAGAGGAAGAGCAGGCUCGCCACGGUCGAUCCGUACCCUGCGCCGUUGGCGGCGCCAGGGGCUGCGGCGGCCAAGGAGACGGCCGGCGGCAAGCGUGCGCCGGAAGACGGCGGCGCGCCGUGGCUCGGCGUCAACUCCGCGCUCCAGCUGAACUGAAGGAUUUGACGAGCCCCGGAGAGGAAUAAAUCGCUGCCUUGCUGCUUCUCCACGUAGUAGCGUAUACUGUAGUAGUAGUAGUACUCUGCUACGUGGAUCCUUAAUUGUUGCCGUUUUUAUCUUACGCCCGCUAAUUAACCGCGUGCCCCUGGGUAAAUAUAUACCCUCGGCUAAGUAGUGGGGUAUGUUCUUCAUGUGUCUGAGAAUUCUUUGGUGUCGAAUAAAAGAAUUCUUUCAUGCUGA